AUGGACAGUAAUCAGAACACCACCAUAACUACUCCCCUUACGGUCUUCGCCGGAACCCUUGUGCAUUCCACUCGCACAGUGCCAUUGCAGAUUGUGAACGACGCCCUCAUCGGCGUACGUGGGAAGACGAUAAUCUUCAUUGAGAGUCAGAGUGAUUUGAACGACCUUGCAAGGAGGUACUUUUUCAAUCCGAAAGACGUGAGAUACAUGAAGCAGAGUCAAUUCCUCAUUCCUGGUUUUGUUGACACCCAUAUUCACGCGCCACAGUACGCCAUUUCCGGUUCUGGAAUGGACCUGCAGUUGUUGGAUUGGUUAGAAAAAUACACAUUCCCGACGGAGAUGAAAUACAAUAAUACGAAGUUUGCUGAGAAUGUUUACGAGAAAGUUGUCGAUCGUACUCUAAAAUGGGGGACCACUACAGCAUGUUACUAUGGUACAAUCCACACAAAGUCAACACUCAUCCUUGCUGACGUCAUAGACAAAGCUGGCCAGCGUGCUUUUGUAGGAAAAGUGAAUAUGGACCAGAAUUCACCUGAAAAUUAUAUGGAGGACAUACAAACGUCAAUACAGGAAACUGAACGGUUUGUGGAGGAGAUUAACCGUCGGGAUUACGAGAGAAUUUCCGCCAUCAUCACCCCACGAUUUGCAAUGUCUUGCUCCGUGGAAUUAAUGACGAGUUUGGGAGAACUUGCAGUUAAAUACGACUUGCCUAUACAG